UGUUACCGGAGGGAGGUAUGAACGACUUUGUGGUUGGUCGGGGGGGGGGAAAGUAAGACCAAGGCGGGAGCAUCUUGAGCUACGUCUUCCUUUUUGAGCCUUUUGUGUUAGAAAGUCUCAUAUGUGACGUAUUAAUAAUUGAGAGCAGACGGAGCCGCCAUGACUGCCGCCAGCACCGACCCACACGCUCUUUAAUUCAGUGAAAAAGUGCGAAUUGGAGCGGAACUGGACUGUUUUAACUCCGGGAAGAGACGACGAGGCGGGCUGGGACACGAACAACGACCCAAAUCAGAGCAGGUGCGUUAGCGAACUAGGAGAGAAACGAAGGAGGGGGAAAAAAGCCCGGGAAACUCCCCGUCACUUACUUUUUGAAAGUGGACUAAAAGACGACAACUUCUCGGUUUUCACUCCGGUAUGUUGGCGCUUUGCCUGCUGGGCGCCGUGUGGCUGGCGGCGAGCCCCAGCCGCGCUCAGAACGAGACGGAGCCCAUCGUCCUGGAGGGCAAGUGUCUGGUGGUGUGCGACUCCAACCCCGCCUCGGACCCGACCGGGACCGCUCUCGGCAUUUCGGUGCGCUCCGGCAGCGCCAAGGUGGCGUUCUCGGCCGUCCGGAACACCAACCACGAACCUUCGGAAAUGAGCAACCGGACAAUGGUCAUCUACUUCGAUCGGGUUCUCGUAAACGUUGGGAAGAAUUUCGAUGAGGAGAGAAGUAAUUUCAUCGCGCCACGAAAAGGGAUUUACAGUUUUAACUUCCACGUAGUUAAAGUCUACAACCGCCAAACAAUACAGGUGAGCCUCAUGCACAACGGCUGGCCGGUGAUUUCGGCUUUCGCCGGCGACCAGGACGUGACCCGCGAGGCGGCCAGCAACGGCGUCCUGAUCCAAAUGGAGAAGGGAGACCGGGCUUACCUCAAACUGGAGAGGGGAAACUUGAUGGGCGGAUGGAAGUACUCCACCUUCUCCGGCUUCCUGGUGUUCCCUGUGUAGAGGCGAGGACGGAGGAGGCUGCCGAUGGGAAGUACAAUGAAGAAAGGGAGCGUUACGGAGGGGAGACAUGUCAGGACAGACCUCUGUUUGGGACGCCGACGGAGGUGGGGACGAGAAGGUGGGAGAUGUGAGCUUCGACGCGUGGCCAUCGUCUUCACUUCCCCUCAUCCUUCCAUCCAUCCAUCAACUCCUAAAUGCAGUUUUGGACAAUUGAAACCUUUUUAUUCUCUUCUACAUCCUUAAUGUUUCAAAGUGUAACCUAAGUCUCUUACUGUCACCUCAUUCACAGCUUUGAGGAAUGUCUCACUAAUUAGGGUCCGCACAGGACCAUUUCAAAGGAAUCCCAAAGGGAGUCCUUUUGCAAUGGGACGAAAGGACCCUAUUGAAUUUGUAAGGUUUUAUUAUUAUAAUUAUUAUUAUUAUUAUUAUUAGG